AUGAGGGGAAAGGCCACCAAAGAAGCCUAUGAGAUGGAUCCGUCAAGGUCAAGGUUGAUUGAUGAGUUUAGUGGACAGAACGAUCGAUGUGAGGCCGACAAGAAUCCUUUGCUCACGGGACAACAUCUAACACUCUAUCCAUCUGACCCAUAUAAGAAAUUUAAAGAAAAAAGCGAAAAAAAUUGUUGGGGAAGUGUGGGCGAGGUCUUGAUCAUGGCGGUGGAAGAGAAUCCUGGAAUUAGCGCAACGACGUCAUCAAAUCGGCGCUACCCGAAUGCCCAGCCAGAGAAUACCUCUGUGAAUCAUAACCACCCGCAGUUCUCGAACACCGCUGCUAAUCAGAAGUCAACGAAACCCACAGAUAAUGAUUAUCAUCUGAUACAGUACAACGGCCAUCAUCAUCCGCAGCAUAGAACAAACGGUGAUGGAGCCUCGAAAGCUCUUCUUAGCACUAAUCCGGUUGAGAGGAAAAUGAAUAGUGGAGAUGAUGGAGACGACGAGUUUAAGAGGGAGAUGAGGGAUUUAGCGGAAAUGCUAUCUAAAUUGAAUCCCAUGGCUGAGGAAUUUGUGCCGCCAUCACUGGCUGUGAACGGCAUCGGUGGCCACCACAGAUUGAUGAUAGCCUCACCACAUUAUGCGGCCGCUGGGUUCUUCGGUUAUAAUGCUAACGGUUUUGUAAUGCAGCAGCCUGUUAACUCAGGAGUUCCCAACGAGAAUUCUUUUAGAAGGAAGAAAAAUGGCUAUGGCCAUGCCAAGCAGAGGAUUAAUAGCAGAACAAGCAUGGCGCAGAGAGAAGAUGUAAUCAGGAGGACAGUUUAUGUUUCUGACAUCGAUCAUCAGGUUACUGAAGAGCAACUUGCUGCAUUAUUCAUUAAUUGUGGGCAGGUUGUGGAUUGUCGUAUUUGUGGGGAUCCUAAUUCUGUACUUUGUUUUGCCUUCGUUGAAUUCACUGAUCAAGAAGGGGCAAGGAAUGCUUUGAGUUUGGCAGGAACUAUGUUGGGAUAUUAUCCAGUGAGAGUGCUGCCUUCAAAAACUGCAAUUGCACCUGUUAAUCCAACAUUCUUGCCAAGGUCUGAGGAUGAAAGAGAGAUGUGUGCAAGAACUAUCUAUUGUACAAACAUCGAUAAGAAGCUUACGCGAGAGGAUGUCAAACUCUUCUUUGAAUCUAUUUGUGGAGAGGUUUACCGCUUGAGAUUGCUUGGUGACUAUCAGCAUUCAACUCGUAUAGCUUUUAUAGAGUUUGUAAUGGCUGAGAGUGCUAUUGCAGCUCUUAACUGUAGUGGGGCAGUCUUAGGAUCUCUGCCGAUAAGGGUAAGCCCUUCGAAGACCCCUGUUCGACCACGAUCACCUUACCAAUCCAUGCACUGA